UCGAGAACAAACAUGUUAUGUAACAGCAAUUAAUUAAGUACUUUAUAAUCAUAGAGAUUUGAAGGGGAACAUCCACUUUGUUUUGGAACGAAAAGGUUCAUAUUUAUUCUAACUUAGAAGGCGAAAUGCAACUACAGCAGCAGUCGUCGCCGGGUGCUAACAACACGAUACGCUUACGACCAAAUCUUCCUAGACGAUAUCUACUCACGGGACCCCUAGCAAAGUACCUUAAAUCGGGUGUCCCUCUUUAUGAAGCAUCGAUAAAAUGUGAUUGGGAUGCUGCUGAAAAAAUUCUUAAGGCAAAACCAGACUUAGUAAGGUUUAGCAUCACUGGAAUGGGAGAAACUGCACUUCACGUCGCAUCAUCCGCAAAAGCAUCCAAACUGGCGGUAGUGUUUGUAAAAAAUCUGGUGGAUAUGAUGAAAGAGGAAGACUUGGUACUUGAAAAUGAAAAUUUCAGCACUGCCCUUUAUUUGGCAGCUGCUGCAGGAAACCUUGAAAUGGUUAACAUUAUGGUAGAAAAGAACAGGAACUUGGUGACAAUCCCUGGUGCCGGAGGACAAAUGUUGCCGCUAUAUGUGGCUGCCUUGUUUGGUUAUUAUAAAGUAGUCGAGUAUCUUUUUGGAAAGUCCAAAGACUUGUGUGAUGCUGAUGGUUGGAAUGAUAUGAAUCGUGGUUGGCUUCUUGAGAAAUGCGUGGAGAAUGACAUGUUGGAUAUCGCACUAGAGAUCGUGAAAAUGUAUCCCAAUCUUGGUAGUGGUAAUGUACUCGCAAUUCUAGCUCGAAAACCUGAAGCGUUUCAUGAAUCACAAUCUACUCUCAAAGGGGGAUUUUUCAAACUGGGUAAAUAUAUGCUUUGGAGAACCAUCAACUCGGUUUUUGCAUUAGGUGGUUCAAAGGUGAAAGAUUUUGCGGAUGAAAGCAUGGCAUUGCAACUGUUAAGAAUCAUUUGGGAAGACAUAGUAAAAAAACCCAAGUUUGAAAUUGAUAGAAUACUCAGAGGGCCACUAGACUCGAAUAAGCAAGACAAGUCAGCUCCCGGAAGGGCCGUUUUAGUUAUGCAACUACAAGAACUCAUUUCUCAGCAUCUUGAUGAAAUGAAUAUGUCUCAAGAUCCAAUCAACCAAGACAACAAGCCAAUUUCUGGCAAGGCAGAUCAAGGUCUCGAACUACAAAAGCUCAUUUCGGAAAAUAUAUUGAACACUCAUGAUGAAAUCCAGAAGAUAAAUGAGACAGUAAUUGGAAAUCAAGAAGCUCUAAAAGUACGAAGACUGCAAAAAGUCAUUUUGGACCAUAUUGGAAACAUAAAAACAGAAAGCCAGAAAAUAAUGAGAAGACCUGUAAAGAACACAUACUCUUCGCGGAUAGUUUUUAUUGCUGCAGAAAUGGGGAAUACUGGAUUUUUAAUUGAGCUCAUCCAUCAAUAUCCUGAUCUCAUUUGGAAGGUAAAUGAUAAUAAUCAAACCAUAUUUCACAUCGCAGUCAAACAUCGUAAUGCAGGUAUAUACAACCUAUUGCAUGAGAUAGGUGCAAUGAAAGAUAUGAUAGUUCCUCUCCGAGAUCCAAAGGGAAACAAUAUUUUGCACUUAGCUGGGCAGAGAGCGAAAGAAAAUCGACUCAAGGAUGUGUCAGGAGUUGCUUUACAGAUGCAACGAGAGUUAUUAUGGUUCAAGGAAGUAAGGAAUAUGGUACCUCCUCUUUUUAGAGAACUGAGGAACAAAGAUGGUCUAACACCUCAUGAGUUGUUCACUAACGAACACAAAGAUCUAGUUUCAAAAGGCGAGGAAUGGAUGAAAGGAACGGCUAGUCAAUGUAUGGUGGUUGCAGCACUUAUUGCAACCAUAGUAUUUGCUGCAGCUUUUACAGUUCCUGGUGGAUAUAACCAGGACAAUGGUAUCCCUGUCUUCCGUUCAAAAGCAACCUUCAUUGUUUUUGUUGUGGCGGAUGCCAUUUCUCUAUUCUCUUCUUGCGCUUCAAUUAUCAUUUUCUUAGCUAUCCUCACAUCUCGUUAUGCUGAACGUGAUUUCUUGGAAUCAUUACCCAAAAAGCUCAUGUACGGUCUCUUAACUCUUUUCCUAUCUAUAACAACCAUGACAGUAGCUUUUAGUGUCAGUUUUUUUGUGCUAUAUCAUAAGGGUUUAUUUUGGAUACCAAUCCUUAUUGGCGUAUUUGCCGUGUUGCCGGUCAUCCUAUACAUGUUGUUUCAAAAAUCUUUGUUUUUUGAUGUAUUUCUAUCAACAUUUCAUACCUGGUACCUCUUUAACCCCGAGAAACGUGUUCUAUACUAUGAAAACCCCAAGGUGUAACCAUCUUCAUUUCCAAUUGUAAUGGAUUUCGUUUCAAGUUUAUUUUUACUUUCAUAUCAAAGGGCAAUGAUUUUGGAAUCAGAGGUCUCACAAACAAUGUCAGCAUUUGCCUUAUUCUCUCAGUUUAUCCUUGUCUGUUUAGACUGCCAAAUCCUUCUCUUCCAUUUAGAAACCCUCAACAGCAGCAGUCAUUCCACUUGUUCACAUGUAGUGUCAGUCUGACAGUUAUCUAAAUUCUUAAAUUGUAUGAUGUAGUUGUUUAAAUUUUCUAUUUGAACACACAAUGUAAUAAAUUUGUUUUGUAAAACUUGUGAUAUUCAUCCUA